AACCCGGCUCCGCACGACACUGCGUGCGCGCGCACGCGGGCGGACGGCGGCGCUGUUUACGGCGGUAGCGUCAGUGCGUGUUGCUCGCGCUUGUCCGCAGUUCACACGUGGCUGUGUCGGAGGCGCGUUGUAGCUUCUGCCGCUGCUUCCUUUCCCGCUACCAGGAUGAAGCGACCGAAGUUAAAGAAAGCAAGUAAACGCAUGACCUGCCAUAAGCGGUAUAAAAUCCAAAAAAAGGUUCGAGAGCACCAUCGAAAAUUGAGGAAGGAGGCCAAAAAACAGGGUCGCAGAAAGCCUAGAAAAGACCCAGGAGUUCCAAACAGUGCUCCCUUUAAAGAGGCUCUUCUUCGGGAAGCUGAGCUAAGGAAACAGCGACUUGAAGAACUAAAACAGCAGCAGAAACUCGAUAGGCAGAAAGAACAGGAAAAGAAAAGGAAACUUGAAACUAACCCUGGUGUUAAGGCAUCUAACUUGGAACCUGUGAACGAGGAAUUUGGGCAGCUUAAAGCUAAGAACAAAGCCAAGGCAGGCAAACAGAAUCCAAAGAAGUUGUAUUGUCAGGAACUUAAAAAGGUGAUUGAAGCCUCAGAUGUUGUGCUGGAGGUGUUGGAUGCCAGAGAUCCUCUUGGUUGCAGGUGUCCCCAGGUAGAAGAGGCCAUUGUCCAGGGUGGACAGAAAAAGCUGGUACUUGUAUUAAAUAAAUCAGAUUUGGUACCAAAGGAGAAUUUGGAGAACUGGCUAAAUUAUUUGAAGAAGGAAUUACCAACAGUGGUGUUCAGAGCCUCAACAAAUCUGAAGGACAAGGGCAAGAUAAUCAAGCAUUUGAAGUUAAAGAAGAGAGCUCCAUUCAAAAAUGAAGUCUGUGUUGGGAAAGAAGGCCUUUGGAAGCUUCUUAGAAGUUUUCAGGAGACUUACGGCAAAGCCAUUCGGGUUGGAGUAAUUGGUUUCCCAAAUGUGGGGAAAAGCAGCAUCAUCAAUAGCUUGAAACAAGAACGGAUAUGUAAUGUUGGUGUAUCCAUGGGGCUGACAAGGUGCAUGCAGGUUGUCACCUUGGACAAACAGAUCACAGUCAUAGACAGUCCAAGCUGCAUCGUGUCUCCGCUUAACUCUGCCAGCACACUUGCUCUGAGGAGUCCAGCGAGUAUUGAAAUGGUGAAACCAGUAGAGGCCGCUAGCGCCAUCUUGUCCCAGGCUGAUGCUCGACAGGUAGUACUGAAAUUUACUGUCCCAGACUUUAAGAAUCCUCUGGAAUUUUUUACAUUGCUUGCUCAGAGAAGAGGACUGCACCAAAAAGGUGGAAGCCCAAAUGUAGAAGGUGCAGCCAAACUGAUGUGGUCUGAGUGGACAGGUGCCUCCUUAGGUUACUAUUGCCAUCCCCCUACAUCCUGGACUCCUUCUCCACAUUUUAAUGAGGGCAUCAUGACAGACAUGAAACAGGGCUUUAAUCUGGAAGAAUUGGAAAAGAACAAUGCACACAGCAUACACAGCAUCAGGGGCCCUCGUUCAGCCAGGAGCAUCCUUUUCCAGUCUUCAGGUCUAACAAAUGGAAUAAUAGAAGAAAAGGACAUUCCUGAAGAACUGCCAAGACAGAAACAGCAGGAGGAGGGGGAGGACCACAACAACCUUGACAGUGACCAGGAAAGUGUUGAUGAAGAAGCUGAUGAAGAGAGCUUAGCCAUGGUCCCGGCGGAAGAGACGUGGGCACUGCCUGAAGAGUCUCAAGCAGAUGAGUCAGCACAAUCUUACAUCUCAGAUAAAAUGGCUGAAGAGGAAGAUGAUGCUUAUGACUUCAGUACAGACUAUGUGUAACAACCUUGUCUUUUUAGAAGGUGUUUGUUGGGUUUUGUGGUUUGUUUGUUUUUUUUUUACAUUUUGAGCAGACUGCUGAGCUGUUCUAUUGUGUGUGAUGUAUAGUUUGUUGCUGUAUGCCAUAAGCCGUGUAAAUUUUGUAAAUAUAUA